AUGCAAAGAUUUUAUGUCGCGAUUGAAUCGGUAUGGAUUGGUGCAAGACGGGACUCUGCAGAUGACCCAGAAGGCUACAGAUGGAGCCACGGUGUAGAACUACGAAGAACAGCAGCUGAUGUGUUGCCGAACGAGAUGGAUGCUAAUCUUCAAAGACACUACCCCAUGUGGUUAAACCGCACCCGAAUUCCAGUACCUGAGGGUGGAGCUGACUGCGUCGCCCUGGAACGGGUCAACCACGACAAACCAGUUUUCUUAGACUUACCCUGUCUUUUAGAAAGACCCUUUGUGUGUGAGAAAGAAGCCCACAGUCAAGUUCGAGUUCAGGAAUUGAAGAGUGUACGGUGUCGUGCUGGACUGUACCGCCUGUUUGAUGGUAGGAUGGAUUGGCAUCAGGCAGCCGCUUAUUGCGUCAUUAAGAAGAUGACAUUAGCAAAUGUGCCGUCAAUGAAAUGCUUAAAAAAACUAGGUUUAACUAUGCUCAAAGCACGGCCGAGCAUUGAAAGUGCGUGGGUUGGCGCAAAAGGCGUUCUUGGUCAGUGGACGUGGAUAGAUACAGGUUUAAGUAUUUUCACGUCUUCGGUUUACAGCGAUGUAUCUGCUGGUGAAUGGCCACCUAUGAGAGACAGUUCAACAAUAAAGCAAAGUGGAUGCCUUCAAAUAGAUAGACACGAGACAAAGUCCCCUGUUUUUAUGGAAGCGAGAUGUGAACGAAAGAUGCAGUUUAUUUGCUAUCAAGGUUCGCCAGGCUUGAGAACCACAGUACUGCCACCUAGCGACGAUAAUUACUACUACAUUUUAGUAAGGCAAUCCUUCUACUGGCAACAUGCUUUCGAAAACUGUAAGAAAAUGAACGGGACUCUAGCUAGUGUGGAAAACAAUGACGUUUUGAUUCAACUUUUGCUAGCGAUGGGCGAGAAUAAAGAUGAGCCUGUUGAACACAUCUGGAUAUCUGGUCGUCUGAACAUGACUAAAGACGCAAGCGAAUCCGUUAGUUACGCAUGGUGGAAUCCUAUAAGUGGCAAACGCAUAGUAGACCCCAAGAGUGGCGAUGUUAUGGCAUACAUGCCUCCAUGGUUAGACGAGGAGUUUACAGUGGAUAGUCCUUGUCUUAACCUCGAUAGACAAGAUCAUCUCAACGGUGUCAUAUAUGGCCUGCCCUGUGACACCCCACAGUAUUCUAUUUGCAUGAUUGAAAAAUCUACUAAGGCCGGGCCAACAGAUGCUCUUAGUGAAGAUUCUACAUAA